CACCCGAAAGAAAAAAAAAGAGGAACCCAGCCAUGCCUUGGAAAAUUGGUGAGAAAGCUUGGUUUUUUCCCUUCUUUUCUUGUCCAAGAACCUGAUUUGGAACCCAGAAAUUCUCCCCCCUGCUGGAAAAUCCCGGAUCUGCUCUGUCCUUCCUCCUCACUGCCGGCUGCUCCUGCUUUGUGGGGGUGAAUUGCUCGGUUUUUUGAAUUUUCCUUCCAUGCCGCCGGCUCUUCCCCAAAUUGCAGCUCCGGCUUUGCUUGCUAAAUUCUGGUUAUCGAUCGUUCUGUCAGUUAGCACUGAGAUUGAGUGCUCGAUUUUAUGCGAGUGAAGUAAGUAAAUUAUGGUAACGCCCUUUGAUUUUAAAAGUAUGUUUUGAUUUGUUUUUGAAGUGAUGACAAGACUAAACCCGUUUUAUACAGAAAUGAGCAUGAUUGAUUUGAAAUGAGAUUAUGAUGCUUUUCAUUAAAUUGAGCAUGCCUACUUGGAAUUUAAUUGAUUGUCCUGAUGAUCUGAAAGUGAUUGGUAAAGUAUGAUUUUUCUGUUAACUUCUGCCUGUUUUGUCUCCAAUGUGGUCAUGUUAUUAGUGACCCUGCUAGUGAGGGAGUUUAUAAACGCUAGCACAUGUUGGCACAUGUCGAUAUGUUAUUGUAACCCUGCUAGUGGGGGUUAAAUGCUAGCACAUGUCAGCACAUGUCAAUAUGUUAGUGAUAGAACCAGUUCGUACAAGUGACCCUGCUAGUGGGGAUUAUACACUAGUAAAUCGUGUGCCUGUCAGUGGGAGGUUUAUAACACUAGCCGUGACCUAUAGAGGAGAUGUCUAUUUCGUUCCCGUAUUGUAUCCGUUUUUCGUGAUUGCACUUGUUGGCAUGCUAUAAGUUUAAUUAAGGGGACUCCAUAUUUACUUACUGAGUUUAUCUCAUAGUUUUUCCUUGUCCACCAUUUCAGGAAGUGAAACCAAGGACGGGAAAACCACGGGAAGUAACGAGUUAGAAAGCUAGCCAUUUCGAGAUUGAUAUAGAUUUUAGAAAGAAAUCAUGAUCUUGUAAACUAGAGUGUAUUUGGAGAUUUUAUGAUAUCAGAGAGAUUUUAAAGAUUUGAUCAUCAGAUUUUGUGGAUUGUCAGAUGUGAAUUUGAUAAGUUCCGAGCCUUGUGCAUUUGUGGGAUCCUCUCACGAGUGCACGGCGUCUGUCGCGCCUCGAAUUUGGGUUU